UCUCUUUUGAUCUUUUACUACCCAUAUUUCAUUCGAAACCCUAAAAGCCCGUCACUCAACCACUGGCACAACCCCGAACAUCUUUUUCAUAUAAAUACCGCAACUCCCACCCAAAACCCUAAUUCCCAUUUGCGCAGCCUAUCCUCGUCCCCGUUUAGUGAGAGAGAGAGGAGAGAGACCUCACAAAUCUUAACAAUGGUGAAAUUCUUGAAACCAGGAAAAGCUGUAAUUGUCCUUCAAGGUCGUUACGCCGGAAGGAAGGCUGUAAUCGUCCGCAACUUCGACGAUGGAACUCGCGAUCGUCCAUACGGUCACUGCCUCGUUGCCGGUAUCAACAAGUACCCUAAGAAGGUUAUCCGCAAGGAUUCAGCGAAGAAACAAGCAAAGAAGUCACGAGUGAAAUGCUUCAUCAAAGUCGUGAAUUACAAUCACAUCAUGCCUACUCGAUACACGCUUGAUGUCGAUCUGAAGGAGAUUGUUACUGCUGAUGUUCUUCAAUCUAAGGACAAGAAAGUGACUGCUGCUAAGGAGACCAAGGCCAAGUUUGAGGAGAGGUUCAAGACUGGCAAGAACCGUUGGUUUUUCUCUAAGCUCAGGUUUUAGGUUUGUUUUGAGAGAAGAAAAGGAUUAUGAUUUAUGUUUUGUAUUUUUGCUUACAUUUGCAAUGGAUCAUGUUUUGGUUUAGUUUUGGUGACAUUUUUAUCAUCCAUAUUCCAUCUAGAAUGAAUUCAAAUCCUUCUUUAUGAUA